AGGACAAAGAAGACAACCAGCGUUACGGAAGUGGAUAAGAUAUGGAUAGCAUUUUUGAUAAUGGCGACAACGAUGAGUGGGAUUUGGAGCUUAUCGAUGAGCUUGUGCGAAGAGCAGAGGAGGAAAAUGCUGCGAAAGUGGUUGGCAGAAGCAGCUUGCCUCAGCCCGAGAGGGUCACUGCCACGCCUGCGACACAGAGUGGUGGCGGGAGCAGGUGGCAGGAUCGGCAACAGCCCAAGGCAGACGAGCACAAGCCGCUUGUUCCGUCUGUUUACCCCUCAUCUCUGCCGAAGGCCGGUGGCUAUUCCAACCCCUUUGAGCAGCGUCAGCGGCCACCGCUGCCGCAGCUGCAAUGCAAUCCAACGUAUGGAGCGCCAUCCAGGAACUUGCCAUGUCAGCAGCCCAUGGACUUGCUUGGGCUGAUGGACCGGAAGGUGGCAUUGGACUCUGGCGGUUUACGAGAUCAAAUCCUGCAGCACCAGCGCCAGGAGCAGGACCAGGACCAGAAAAUCAAUCCUGGUUUGGCCGCAGAUGAGCGUUGGCAAUUCAACCGAGGUCUUACGUCGCAACAGCCGCUGCAGCACCAACAGCAACAGCGGCUGGGUUUGGCAGCUCCUCCCGAUUCGUGCGUUACAACCAGCGAAUCAGGGUUUGGCAGCCGGGGAAACAGCGACAGCGGCCAGGUCUGGAGGCAGGAGAAAAGACCAGGUCAUCAUCAGCUACAGCGCCCAGGCGAAGGGCUUGUGUUUCCUGUUCAGGAGCGUAAGCCUCUACAGUACGGGGAACAGUUAGCCCGUCCACGUUCCUAUGAGCAUGACUUGCAGCAGUCACAGGGGCCGAGGGCCGGGUUUCGUAUGGAUCAGGCCCGACAUAGACAGUACCGAGAUGGCCAACCCCUUGGCUUGCAGAACCCCAUCGGAGCUCCUGACCGUCUGCAAUCCCAGGCUUCAGAUGAGACACAGCCGUUCUACAAUGAGGCGAGGCACAACCCACAGCUUUCUGAGCCUGUCCAGUCGGAAAAAGCAGCGUUUGAAAGAGAGAUACCGAAAGUUAUGGGUGGGACUCUGGCUCCAUUUUCUCAACAGGAGAAGUGGCAUGAUGUCCAUGCAGCCCAGUCGCAACGACCCAUAACUGCUUUGCACGAGAUGAGUGGCCGUGCUUGUACACGCGGAUCGGGUUUGGCAGCGCAUCCUGAUUCACUUAUUAUGACAAGGCCAGCAGCAGGUGGGGCGCCACUCUGGCAGCCGUUGUCGCAACGACCGUUGGAUGCAAUGAAUGCAGACAGGACUGUUGGGAAGUCGCUGCUUCCUGGUCCACUGCAGAAGACAUUUCUGGAUGAUCCUUCGUCAGAUGCACUGAGAGGUGGUGGUGGUGGGUGGAGGGAGGGUGAGAUGAUAGGGAAAGGAACAGUAGGGCAUUGGGCUGGGAGAGAAGACCAUGGGGGCGUUCCGAGUGCCAGAGUGAACAGCAGCCACUUUACAAACAGUGUUCAGAGGCCUUCUCGUCCACAAAUCACGGACCGUGCCCUGGUGGUCGCAGCCACUGAUCAGCACAAGGUUUACACCCAACAAGAGCACGAUGCUGACCCUGCUGUCCCUCCUGGGGGUGUCGAGGCUGGGAUGCAUGAGCUGAUACAGCUUCGGAAUGAGAGAGAAAGAUUGCUCGAGUCCGUUAUGGAGAAGGAAGGCAAUAUUUUGAUUCUGAGAUCAAGACUCGCUCAAGCCGAUCGAGAAAUGUCAGACUUGAAAAGAAAGGUCAGCAGUGCAGGAGCCGCUUCUGUUUCGUCGUCUUCUCGUCAGCCUCGGUACGAAAAGCACUCGAGCGACGUCGCUUGGGAGAUUGAACGCUUGCGCUCGCAGUUGUUGUUUAAGGACCAAGAGAUCCUUGAGCUGCAGAGUGCACGUGAAGAAAGGGAUUUGAAGUUAAGGAUGGCAUUGGAGGAAUCAGCGAGGUUGAGGGUGGAGGCUGAAGCGCAUAAGAAAGCACUUGCAGAAGGCUGUAAUUUCUCACAGUCUCAAGUUCCACGGGACCAGAUGCAGACGGACAGGGGCUUUGAAGGUUCUCAGCACUCCGUUCCAAAUAAUGCAAUCGUCAAGUACCGACUCAGAGAGAUGACAGCAGCCUUAGGAUGGAACGAGGAGGAAGCGUCCAGAGAAAGAGGUGUAGGAGAGGUCCCCAGGGAGGAACCUGUGGUGUCCCAGCGACUUGAGAUGGAUGGUGCAGAUGGUGGCGAUGCCAUGGAGGUGCAAGAGGAGGGCUUGAAAGAUCCGGGAUCUAGUCAAGUUGCCAGCGAUGGACCUGGUACGCAGGUAAGUCUCUCCUGUAAGGGUGUAGGACGCGAUAAUUUAGAAAGGUGGGGCCCCAGGAAGGGCGACGAAGAGCAGUUGAGGGAGCAAACUGAAGACCGGCAUGUCGCUGCUGUCAUGGGCACGGCGGUCUUCCGAGCAGGCUCGGUGGAGUUAGAUUCGCAAGGAGUGGAGGCAAGGGGACGGACCGGUGGCGCGUAUGAUCGUUCGGAGCUUGGUCAAGCAACGCUGGAUCCUCUGGCCGAGCCAGGGAAUGCAGAGCAAGACGAUAGAAUGUUGAAAAGCGGGAAAGACAAAGCGGCUGAUGCGGCAGCGCAGGUGGCGAGGAGUGGCUCUCCUUCUGGCGCACUUGAGUUGGCUCAAGUGGAUGCGGUGUGGGGUCCCCAGGCUGUUGGAUCAAGGGGAAGAUAUGGACGGGUGCUUGUUGAAGGGGAAAGAGGGAGCAAACUUAGCAGGCAACAGGUGCCGUUCAACGUGACGCGCAUGUUCGGUCCGGUGGUGGGUGAAAAAUGCUCCCUAGUUGUCCAGAAGUUGUUUGCUUCGUGUGCACAGGAACUAUACUCCCUGCUGAAUUGUAAUAACUACGUAGUCAGGGAAAGUGAUGCCAGUGCGACCAAUGAUGACAUGGCAAGGAGAGUGGGGGGAGGUGGGUCAGUGGCAUCUAGAGCAGUAGGCGCAGGAGGUAUGGGAAGAGGGGGUCCCAGGAGAAAAGUAGGGUUCAGCCACUGUGAAGCAGGUGUUGAGGAAGAUGAGGAGGAGAUGGGUGUGGUGACGAGAACAGCCGCCGAGAUCUUGCAUGACUGCCUUGCCAAGGUCAUGAAUCAGCUCGCUCCUGUGAGCGUGUUGAUCUUCCCACUUUUGAGUUUUCUCGAUUCCCACAACCAUAACGACGAUGUUCUUCAGAAUGUUCUCCAUGUUUUGGGAAUGAUACUUCUAAAUAAUCGUAACUGUCGUUACCUUAUGUUUGAGAGUACCCAGGUUCUCUCUGCAACAAAGGAAAACCUUAUCGCCGCAACAGGGCAACAAUCGUCAGAACAGGAACAGCUGGUGGGGAGCAGUCCACUGCUGGACGUAAGGGACAUUGCAUUCCGCAUAUGUGCUUCUAUGAAGGUCUCAGCCGCCUGCAAUGGGCCAAUAGGGGCAGAAGGUCCUACUGGUGGGCGCUCGAGGUUGGUUUUCGUCGAGGGCCAUGGAUGGACGGUUGGAAAGCAUGGAGGACUACGGGGAGGAGGAGGAGGAGGAUGGGGAGGAGGGGGAGCUGUGGAAAAGAAGCCAGUGUUUGAAUCUCCAAGGAUUCUGGUUUCUGAUGCCAAGCAACAGUUGUCUUUAUCUGGAGCUGGUUGCUCUGCAGUGAAGGGUUCAGCUGAACCCCCAGCAGCAAUAGCGAUCACAUAUGCAGGGGAAGGAAAAGAUGCCUGUUAUGGUGAUGCUGGUUAUGGCAGCAGGGAGAGACAUGCAGAGCACGGCACGGGAGCUGUCCCAGACGUGGUUAUGGCUGAGGAGGAUGACGUCGAGGGUGGAAGAACAGCCGAGAACCGUACGCCGAGGGACACAGUCGAAGGUCUUCGGAUCAAAACGGAGCCGUUGGAUGCUAAUGCUCCAGGAGUUUCUGCGGAGAAUGUCUCAAAGAAUGGAUGUGGGUUGGAUUUGAACAAGGACUUGCAGCUGGAGGGAAGUGCAGAAGUGAUGGGAAAGGUAGACUCUCGGGCACAGAGCUUGAUGGCAGCUAAUUCGCCGUUUCUCAGAGUGGUUGAGCUGUCAAUAAGGCCAAGAAGGUGUGAAGGUGUACAGCGUGAGGCCCUCUGUGUCCUGCUAAUGUUGGUCGCCAACUUAGACCCGAAGGGAGACAGGCAGAAGUUUGCCCCAAUUUUGUUUGAGGGGGUGAUCUCUGCGGUCCUGACGAAAAACACAGGCACACAGGUCAGACUGGAGGCUGUUUGUCUAGUGCACCUGCUUUUGCAAUGCCCUGGAAUACGCGAAAGAGUGUGUUUGCGGAUCAAAGAGGAGCAUGCGGACAGACAGAACUCUGAGCUCGCGAAGGCAGGGUUGGUCGAGUCGGCGUCUUCUGUACCGAGGAAGGACGACGAGGUGUUGGAACUGCUGGCAGCCUGCCUGAAUCAUGGAGGGUAUGGUUGUCACGAUUACGCGUUGCGGAGGAGCGCUUUGCGUACGUUCAAUUACCUGGCAUUUGCACAAGGUGGUGAUGGUUUGGCAAAAAUCUUAGCUCUCGGGAGCUGUGCUGCCGAUGCGUCGAAGGUAAAACAGGAGCCGAUGGAAAUAGAAAAUAAAGCACUUGGGAAGCACGCCAUGGUUGUGCACGGAGUCGACACCAACAAAGCUUUGCUGGGAGGCCGUGACUUGCGAGACAAUCUGCAUGCUGAACCGCGCAUGCGCAGAGGAGGCUCUGCCGCCAAACGGAAGGCGCGAGUUUUGCAGAGACUGGAGGACGGAGAACACGGGUUGGAAGAUUGUUUGGUUGUGAAUGGAGAGAUAAUAAAGGAACGAUCCAUCCCGGUGCGUCUGGUAGCUGUCUUGGAGAGAGAGCUUAGCGCAGACGAUGCAGACGCUGAUGGUGGUGGUCCUCUUAGCCAUAGAGAAGUAGUUGCAGAAGAGCGGAGGAGCCUCAUCUGGGAGGCGAUGUCGCUGUUAUGUCAGAUGUUGUCACACCAGUCUAGAGGUUCGCAAGCGCUUUCCUUACUGAUGCAGUCCAAGCAGACGGCGCACAUGUCGUUACGCGUAGCAAGUAGGAUAGUGAACUGGUCACAAAACAACUCAAGCUCUCGCUCUGUGCCCCAACGACUAAAAGUCAUCACUGGGAUGUCUGAGAAUAUCACUGACCUCGCUAAUCGUUUUCAGAACUGGAUCUUGGCUUCCUUUCCCAAGUUUGAGGAAUCCUGUAAAGUACCGAUGGAGUGUCCGAUGGUUCGGAAAUGAGCUGUUGUGGGCCCCGAUGCCGCGAUGCAUCCCUGCAUUCUUUUUUUCUUUUUUUUUCCCGACUUUUCUUCCUUGUCGCUACUUUGUUGAUGUCCUCCCUGCAUAAUAAAAAUUGGCUGCUUUCAGAAGCCGCUCUCAGGAGUUUUCUCCAAUCACUCUCCGAGUUUGAAAGAUUGUGCGUGUGCCAUGUCCAUCCUGUAACUCUUCUCUCCUUUUCCUCUUUUCCUUUUUUUUUUUGGUGUCAUAUGUCCUGUCAGACCCCUCUGCAAGGAUCAGGAAUCAACAGAGUUAUUAUUUUGACCUAAAACUUCUAAAAAUAGUAAAAAAGCUAAAAGUUU